AUGGAUUUGACCAACGUUAGGUCUAUGGAGCUUUUCCGUAAACUUGGGCUUGCAGACGAGUUGCGAAAGCAAGGUGUCCCUUCUCAUCUACCCUACGCCGUCCUCAUCUCAACGGGCUUAGGGGGCCCGGGUCCAAUUACCGAAUGGCAGCAUGGCACGGUGGACCAGUAUAGGACCAGAAUAGCAUCAAAGAAUGACGGGUCCAUGCCGUUGGAGCCAUGGCAAAGGAUUUCUCAGGCCGUGUUCGAGAAGUGGCUCAAAAGCAUCUGCGACAAAAACCCGCUCAUUGAUCUUCGAUUUGGUUGCAAAGUCGACCGUGUCGAGGAUCUUGGUGAUGGGGUGCGAGUGACUACGACUGAUGUCUUGACGGGAAAACAGGGUCAGAUUGUGUCAAAAUACCUCGGUGGCUGUGAUGGGGGCUCAAGUAGGGUGCGCCGAAGUCUGGGAAUACCGCUCGAUGGGGGCCCAAUGCCAGUCUACGUUCUUUUGGUCCACUUCAAGUCUCGAGAUCUGACUCGCCUUCACAAACAUGGACGAUUUUGGCAUAUCUUCUUCGUGGGAGAAACAGGCCUGGGCUCUUCCAUAAUUGCCCAGAAUGAGAAGGACAUCUUCACUACUCAUCUUCUGCUACCAAUGGACCAGGAUUGCGAAGGGAUUGGAUCCGAAGAAGCAGUCUACAAAGCCUUGGGAGCCCUAUACGGCCCAUAUCCGAUCAAAAUCGACGAGGUUCUUGUUCGAUCGACAUACCGGCCAAACAUCGCCAUAUCUCGAAGUUAUUCGGGCUGCAAUGGGCAUGUAUAUCUCGCUGGCGAUGCAGCCCAUCAGAAUAUUCCAACCGGGGGUUACGGCAUGAAUAUGGGCAUUGCGGAUGCUUUCGAGCUCGGCUGGAAACUGGCCGCCGUUGUUAAUGGCCACGCAAAACCUUCCAUUCUGAACACUUACGAACAAGAGCGGCGGCCGAUAGCGAUGACCAGCAUCGAGCGCUCCGGGGUACACAUGAAAGUCCACAUGGAGGUUCCUGGAUUGGUCGAGGGUAAAGUUCGAGAGCUGGAUGCAGAUACCGAGGAAGGCCGACGACUCAGGCGCAUUGUCCAUGAGCAUUACAAAACCCACGAUGGCGAAAACACCGACCUUGGCAUUGAGAUGGGAUAUCGAUACACCUCCAGCAUCAUCAUCCCGGAUGGCACACCGGCACCAGCGUGGGAGCCGUCGACAUACUCGCCCACCACGUUCCCAGGAUGUCGGGCACCCCAUGUAUUUCUCCGGGACGGUACCUCCAUCAUUGACGAAUUCGGCCGUCACUACACAUUGGUUGAAUUUUGUUCUGGCGAGGACCACGGUGCCAGACAUCUGGUGGAAGCUGCAUGGCGCAACAGGGUUCCUAUGAAACAUCUGGCCCUCGUCGAUGAGAAACAUGCAAGAACCAUCUACGAGCGCAACCUUGUGCUGGUUCGUCCUGACGGCCACGUGGCCUGGCGAGCCGACAAGGUGGACAAUGUCACGGCUGCUACGGAGAUUAUGGCUAUCAUCUCGGGGCGCAAGGAGACGGACAGUGUUUCCCAAAGAGCAGGAGCGGUCGAAUUGGUCAUGGAACAAGCUGGCGGGGUUUUCGCAUUUACCUCGACUACAGGACUGGACACCCAAACCGCCCAGUUCGAGCUUGAAAAGAUGGGCGGAUUCCAGACUUGA